ACUCCAACCGCUACGACAUCCGCGCCUUCGCUGGUGCCACACUGCACUCAUGGGGAGACGCACCCGAACCAAACCCAAAACCAAACCCAAACCCCGCCCGGAAGCCAACAGCGACAACUCCUUCAUCGUUCGCCGUCUCGUGUCCUUCGAUGCUCCGAGGCAGGAAGUCCAAAUCGAAUAGGAAUCUUCUUGGGUGACCGCCCGGCAAGCACGAGCAUACAAGGGGGAUAUCGCUGAGGUGAUGGAAGAGGUCGCCGGACGCCGCCUCUGCAAGGUGCGAUGGAAGCUUACUAAAGAGCCAAUCAAGUGGUUUAUCGCGAAUGUCGGGUCAGAGGUGAAGGAAGACCUGCGGGCUCUGAUGGAACAACAGAAGGCCGACGAGGAGGAUCCCGAGGCUGUUGAGGAGGAUACUGUUGAGGAUACCAGUGGCUCGGUCGGAGUCGAGACUGCUGCAGGUGAUGACAUGCUGCUGUGAGUAGCACGAACAACUCUGGC